AGCGCGCGCGGUGGUGAUUACCUUAGCGGUCUCUUAAACGCGUGCAGAGACACUCGCCGACGGAAAUAUCGCCGGCAUCCUUCCCCGACUGAUCGCCGUUCGAUCUCCAUUCCCGCUCGUCUGCCGCGUGUCGCGUGUGUUGAUAGAGUGCACCGCGAGAAUCGUGCAAAUUGACAAUUACAUCCCUCGGACGGCAACCUUGUCGCCGUUCCUCGAUCGCCGUGAAUCGUCAACAACGUGGAGCGCGGGGCGGAAGAAUGCACAACGGAUUCGCGAUAAUGCGGACGCGAUCCGCGAUAAUCGGAUUACUGCUGCUGUUGGUAACGGCGCACUGUAACGGGCUGCAGUAUCAGUCUCUGGACCCUUAUGCAAACGGAGAGGAGUGCGCGUUGAUCCUGGAUGCCCGUGGAAGAACCAGCGUUUACGACUACACCUAUAAUUUACUUCGCGGAUCGUUCCCCACCGCGGGAGGAACCUGCAUCACGUACGACGCCGUAAAUCAUGCCUACGUCGAGGCGAGGAAGCGCAUCAACGUCGCGAGGCCAAAGUCGGAGUUAUGGCGUCCGGUGGACCUGGCGACGGUCGGCGAGCUCCUUCUCGACAUCACCACGAAUAUCGCGCAAACGUACGGAUUGACCUACGAGGAGAUCCAGAGGAGUCUGCCGUUGAUCGACACCUCGAAGACGCUGAUCCGCGAGGUUUGUCCCGCAUUUCUCAGCAACGUGGAAUGCAGACCGGGCAAGUACCGCCGGUACGACGGCCUCUGCACGAAUUUGCAGAAUCCAACUUGGGGGGCCACCCUGUCGCCUUUCACGAGACUGAUGAGCCCUCAAUUCGCGGACGGCCUGACGGCGCCGAGGAUAUCCGUAACGGGUCGUGAUCUACCAUUGUCCCGAGUCGUGUCGCGCACCAUGCACCCGGACGAAGGUUACCACGAUCACGCCGGCACAGUUAUGGUGAUCGCGUGGGGACAAUUCAUGGACCACGAUUAUACUUUGACCGCCACGCCUCUAGACCCUCUGAACCGAAACGACCCCGAAGAAUGCUGCGGCCGGCCGCCACACCUGAAGAAUCCCUACUGCAACGAGAUCUUAAUACCGGAGGACGACUAUUUCUACAGGCUGUUCAAUGUACAAUGCAUGGACUUUGUUCGCGCUUUUCCCGCCGUCCGGCCUGGUUGCCGUCUCGGUUCCCGAGUGCCUUUCAAUCUUCUUACGGGCGUACUAGAUGGUAAUACGGUUUACGGCAUCACGGAAGCGUUUGCCAGAAAACUCCGAACGGGCUACGGCGGAUUGCUUCGGAUGAAUCCAGUCUUUGCAGAGUAUGGCCUGAAGGAUCUAUUGCCGCUAAAAUUGGAUAUACCGGAUGAAGGAUGUACUCGGCCAAACCGAUCGAUGUACUGCUUCGAAGCUGGUAAUUUAUAUUUUUAUGCAGAAAAGGUUUACGCAAAGUAUUCCACGAAUAUUGAUAUUCUUUCAGUCACUGUCAAUAUUAAAACUAGUACGGUAAUCGAUGCUUUUGCUAUCACCGGUAGGCACCGUGCUUGUAUCGGCAUGAUUAUCAGCACGCCAAUCGAUGCGAUACGGGACACCAUAAUGAAAUCAGCUCAAGCUGCAGCUGACAAUGAGAUUAAGCCCACAUUGCAACAAGUAUAUAUUAAGAAAUUCAAUCGUAAAUUAAAAUCCAUGGGAAAAGCCGCAGCCAACGGUUUAAAAAAGAAGCCGAGUAAGCCUUGGUGGACAUAUCCGUAUUCUGCUGGGUGGAAAAAAUUCACGCAACGCUUACAAAUGCCCCAGAAGAAACUUCGGCAAGAAAAGAUUUUUAAUGAACACACAACACCGACAUUCUCUCCUGUAAACAGUCAAAAUAAAAAUUUGUCUCUUGAUAUGGAAAUUAUCAAGAUUACAACAGUUGUCGAGGCCGUUCGACAGAAACGGCAAAACAGGGCGCAGGUGCUGGAAGCAGUAAAAAAUAUUCAGAAAAUAAUUGGCAAGAAACGUUCGAAACGUUCGUCUUUCGAAUCGGGAAAUAAUUUAGCCAAAGACUCGCGGCAUACUAACCUGGAAAAAACUUUUGUUUCAAGUAAAAAAUCUCGGUAUUCGAAACCCAAUUAUCGAAAGCAACAAACGAGGACUCCUCCAACGGGGAGACGUCUGGAGAGUACAAAUACGGCUGAUCUUAAGACAGCAAAUAACGUAGCGAUUCCAAGUACUGUAUUUUACAAACGUAUUUGGGAAUACAUUAACGGUACCCGUCCUCAUUCCGAUAUUAUCGGCGAUUACAGUCCCUUGGAAAAUAAUUCUGAAGAGACUAAUUCAACGUGCACUGAUAAAGACCGACUUGCGGCCUCGCAGUCGCAGGAAGAUAAAUUGCAAGUAACAAGCCCCAAGCCGGAACGGGCCUUUUAUAAACGCAUCUGGGAUAUAAUUAAUGCGACUCGGUUGAACGUAGGUGCAGCAGCUCGUUUUAAACGAAACGCGGGCAUCCCGAAAAGUAACGCGGCUUCAACUCCAUUGUGCGUCCAGGAAGAAACAGUCAAUUAUGAAAAAAGUAAGCGGGUGCAGGCGACGGACGAAGAAACCGCACCCGGUAUCACGGAUACGAUAAAUUCGCCACAAGUAUCCGAUUCUGGUCCUUACAUAUCGGGCUUUUGGAGCGUCGCAAAUAAGACCCAAUGGCAACCGAGAAAAAUUCCAGUAGUAAACUUAGUAAAAUUGAGUAAGUUUAUGAGCAACGACCCGAACUUGUCGUCACUCAUAAACAGCGCUUCCGAAGUGGAGGACCUGAACAAGCUCCCCGAUAAGGUCGAACGCGUCGCUCACUCGUCUUCGGAUAAUUCGACCGGGUACAGCAGCGAAGUGCGUGAUUCAUCACAGGAAAUCAUCACCGAGCCCGGACCGCCGUAUUCGUCCGAAGAAAGUCUCGCUACAUCGUCACUUACGCCGGCCAAGAGCGCUGACGAAGACUCGCGAGAGGAGGACCAAGCGGAGCGCGCGGCAAAUUAUUCGACAAGCACGACUCCGAAAUACGAUCCUUCAAACAUACCCUACGUAGAGGUACCGGAUUAUUCCGACCAGCAGGAGGACAGUUUGGACAAAAGUAAUCAGAACGCAACUGCGGCGAAAUACAAAGAAUACGACGAUGGCGAUUACGAUUACGGCUCUAAACGGCCGCACGACGCUGAUGAUUUCUCCUCAAAGUCCCCAAGCGCUGAGAUUAAAGCAGCGCAGGCUGAAAGUAACGAGCCGGAGACCCCAUUGAACGCAAACAACUCGCGUUCAAGUUGCACAGAGAGUAAAGAUUCUGCUGAAUGCGUCGACAAUUACGAUGUCGAAGACACCAAGUUGCGCAAUAAUACCGAGGAUGUUACGAACGAAGAUAAUCACAGUUUCGCAGAGGCUCCCGGAGAAUCCGCGUUAUCCGAGGAGAAUGAAAAUUCGGAUUUCGUUGACUUUGACAUAAAUGAAUAUAAAAAGCCAUUUGAUUAUAACGAGUUCUUUAAAAACGACCCUAUAUUGAAAAGUAUACGAGCUACCCUUAGCAAGGAAUAUGAUUAUAAGGAACCCGAUCGCACCGAGGAGUCCGAAGAGGUGGAGACGCACGCCACAGAUCCGAAAGAAAAAUCGCACAACUAUUUCGCGAAGAACGAAGAUUCCCAUGACGAUCGAGGGGUCGCUUUGAGCAACGAGGCGAAAGAGGAGGCUGACUUUUACGCGAGGAAGGAAGCGCGAGAGAGCGAAGCAAUCGAUAAACACCCUCAUCCUUACGACGAUAAAGAUUUCUUUAAGCAUAUUUUCGGAAAGGGCAAAGAACGAAGAUCGGAAUACAAUCCUAAAGAAGACCCCGAUCGCACCGAGAAGUCAGAAGAAGUCGAGACGUAUACUACGGAUGUAAAAGAACAUAAGGAAAGUCCCGAUCGCAUUAAGGAGUCUGAAGAAAUCGAGACAUACGCCACGACGGAUCCGAAAGAACAAUCGCAGGAUUAUUUUGUAAAGAAUGAGGAUCAUCGUGACAAUCACAGAAUCACUUCUGACGAUAAAGAUGAGACGAACGACAGAGAAGAGGAGAAUGAUGGUUCUUACGCGAGAAAAGAAACGAAAGAGAGCGAGCCCGAGGAAGAUCCUUACAACGACAAAGAUUUCUUUAAACAUAUUUUCGAAAAGGACGAUGACCAAGAAUUGUUCGAUACGGCCAACACGGAAAACGAAUUCUUGUCUCGCCACUUUACGGAGGAUGUUUUGCGCCAGUUGCGAGACAACUCGACGACCGAAGAGGACAGACGAAGAGAGGAAUCGAGAAAUAAAGAAGAUAUUCAUAAAACACUGUCGAGAAUCUUAGACAAGAAGGAUCGUUUCUCCAGGUUAGAUGAUAAUCUUAACAAAAUGAUUGAAAAGGGCGAAGCGAUACCGAUUAAAUAUAAUAACUUCUGGAGCUUGAAAUACGAAUCGCCUGGUAAAAGAAAUGAGGACAACGAAGAACAAACGGAAGACUCGAGAGAAGAAGCUUGA